AUGGUGGAAGAACCACCCCCGGGAGAUUUGCUCUUCACAACAGGCACCUUCUUCGAUUCCACUCUGACCUGCAACGAGAAAACAUGGAAGCUACACAAGGCCAUCUUGUGCCAGAAGUCCUCAUACUUCCACAAGAUGCUUACUGAGAACUCGGAUGAAGCGAACACUGGCUCGUUGCACGUUGAGGAUCAAGAACCUUACAUCGUAGAUGAGGUCCUCUAUGCCAUGUACACCGGCGAGCUGCAACCCCGGGGCCGUAUGUUACAUGACGGCCACCGCAUAAAGAUCCUCGUGAAGGUUGUCAAAUGCGCGCAUUACUUCGGUUGCCCCAUGGCCAAACACAAAGCAAUUCGACAGAUUGAAAGUUCUCUCCAACUUAUUGCGGUGGACUGGUGCGCUGGAAGUUAUGGUCACUGCAGCGAGAUCAUCGACCUUGCCAAGACUGCCUACCGGUACAAUGAUACCACAGCCCACCCGUCCCUGCAGGAAGUAUUCCUUAAUUUCAUGACAGCGUCGAACUACAAGGCAUAUAGCUAUCCUCGAUUUCGGGAACUUCUGGCAAGCUCGCCCAAGCUUGCUCAAGACCUUCUUCUUCAGAUGCUGCCGACAAAUCAGAACAACAACUGCAGUGUGGUCCUGGUUGGACUCAGUAAGGGAACCUGCGCUAAUUGUGAAGCCGACGAGAGUAUGGACCUGAUGGACACGUGGUUUGAGAAGUCUGAUGAGGAGAGCACCACUGAAAUGGCUAUUCGAGGAUACUGCGCGGGCUGUUGGAAAGAGAAUCAUCGACCUUCUGUGGAUCUGGACGAGGAAUAG